AUGGAAAAUGCCAAUUCCAUUUUUCUGCUUGAUAAAGAAAAGGGCCAAUACUGGUCCGACAUCAAGGCGGAACUGACUGCCUGUUACUCCCAAAAGGAAUAUAACCUUCGAUUAGAAUUUGAAAACCGAGAUCUGCAGAUCCGAGAAAUUCAAACUGAUUGUUAUUCACUCUUGAAAAAAAUAAUAAUAAUAAACCCUGACCUCAUGAGUAAUGCGCAGUAUGAAGCGCCCGAUAUUGCUAUUAAAGAGUUUUGUGACGAGACCAGAGCCGACUUGGAAGCAGAAGAUCAACACAGGUUGGGGUUUCACUCUGGAGACAUUGAUAGAGCAGAGCUUGAAAUCUACAGAAAAGUAGCCAUGGAUCUGGACAAAAUGGCCCACAAUCUUUCUAUUUUAAAAAGAUAUUGGUUUGAUAAGAAUCUCUAA